CGCCGCGCUGCGACGGGAUCAUGCCGCCGCGCCCUGCGCCACCGAUCGACCGAUCUCAGGCGGUGUAAUCCGGGGAGCCGAUGAUCGACUUGACCCGUGAUCCUUGCUGAAAUCAGCUGAUCGAUCGUCGUAAAGCGAGGCAGGGGAUCAAAAUGUGACGUCCGAUGUGUCUCUGACGGUUUCGCAUGAACGACCGGACGCGUAUAGCGCUGGACUCGAUAAGGGUAUCCUGGACGACAUGAAUUCAAGCGGAGAGUCUGGCGGAACGAUGUCCGACGAUUACGAGGUGGGGGGCUGCAGUGUCCCGGAAGAGGAGACAGGCUCGAAUCUGCCGACGUGGGAGGCCGUGGUGGCCACGUUGACCUUGAGCUUUCUCAUAGUCGCGACAGUGUUCGGCAACAUGCUGGUGAUCCUGAGCGUGUUCACGUACAGGCCGCUACGGAUCGUCCAGAAUUUCUUUAUCGUCUCGCUGGCAGUGGCCGAUCUCGCGGUGGCGAUACUCGUGAUGCCAUUUAACGUAACCUACCUGCUACUGGGCAAGUGGAUCUUCGGCAUUCAUCUAUGCAAACUGUGGCUGACGUGCGACGUGCUCUGUUGCACCGCCAGCAUCCUCAAUCUCUGCGCGAUCGCGAUGGACCGUUACUGGGCGAUCACCGAUCCAAUCAACUAUGCUCAAAAGCGCACCCUCAAGCGAGUUCUCGGCACGAUCGCCGGCGUGUGGAUCCUCUCGGGUGCUAUCAGUUCGCCGCCCUUAGCCGGCUGGAACGACUGGCCGGAGGAACUGGAACCAGGUACGCCCUGCCAACUCACCAGACGCCAGGGCUACGUCGUAUACUCGUCCCUGGGCUCGUUCUUCAUACCAUUGCUGUUGAUGAGCCUUGUCUAUCUGGAGAUCUUCCUGGCGACGCGCAGGAGACUGCGGGAACGAGCUCGACAGAGCAGGCUGGGCCCGGUGCAGUCCACGAGACACCGCGAGACCGACGACGCCGAGGAAUCGGUCAGCUCGGAGACAAAUCACAACGAGCGCUCGACGCCCCGUUUGCAGGCGAAGCCGUCGCUGAUCGACGACGAGCCUACCGAGGUAACGAUAGGCGGUAGCGGAACCACCGCGUCUACCAGACGUGCCGCCGGUGCCGGUGAUGCUGUGGCCACCUCGGCGACCGUCUACCAGUUCAUCGAGGAACGACAGCGGAUCUCGUUGUCCAAGGAGAGACGCGCGGCGAGGACCCUGGGCGUCAUCAUGGGCGUAUUCGUUGUCUGCUGGCUGCCAUUCUUCCUCAUGUACGUCAUCGUGCCGUUCUGUCCGGCCUGUUGCCCAUCGGAUCGGAUGGUGUACUUCAUCACGUGGCUCGGUUAUGUCAAUAGCGCUCUCAAUCCCCUCAUAUAUACGAUCUUCAAUCUCGAUUAUAGAAGAGCGUUCAGGCGACUGCUGCGAAUGCGCUGAGGUUCUUAGGAUUUGUCGACGCGGAGCAUCCUCGCGACUGGCCGAUCUCUCGAAUCUCUUGCUCCAGUGACAGCAAGCGAAGCGGAAUCUCGCGGUGAUCGAUUGAUAGGAGUCGCCGCUCUGUACCCGCGGGACUUUCGUCCGCUAAUCAAGUCGAGAGUCAUUAAAUAAGUUCUUCGUCCAGGGAGAAGCGUAUUAUUUGCGCGUAGCCGCACGUCGCAAUUAACGGAAAUUUUGACGCCUCGCUUACCUCGAGAUUGCUUGUUUGCCCGCACAGCUCGUUAUAUUAUGCGGUAAAAACUUAAACGCAGUCAGCACAAAGACGACGAUGAAACGAGAGAACCCGGAGCAAGUAAGUUACCGGAUCGUAAAUUGAUGGAAUUAUUAUCCUUUCACGACAAGUUACGAACCGAUCCUACGAAACUUGAGUCGAGGCGGUAAUUUAUUUUUAACUAAGCGUUUAAUUAAGAUAUCGAUCUUAGCGCGAGCAGCAAUAUUCGUGUUAAUGAGAGCAAUGCGUAGAAGAAAUCUCUGUUUUUCAUGUCGAAAAAGAGAGAAAUUUGCGCGCAAGUUUCAUUAAUUCUCGUUCUGUCAUAUUCAAGAAUGACAGGGAAAAAUGAAUGAUUUUUGUUUACGCGAAAAUUGUUAAAAUUGAUAGGAUUAAUCUAGACUCCUAAUAUCGUGGACCCAAAGAAAAUUUUUUAAUUUGAAUUACGCGACUUUCAAAGUAAAUUUAAAUUUCGAACAAAAACUAAAACGCCAGGAAUCUGAAUUCCUUCAACUGACAUAACGGAUUGCCGUGAAAAUUCUAACAGAGCAACGUGCACUUAUCUAUAUAAGUUUCGCGAAAAUUUAUCAAGAAUUUCAAGAAGAAUGUUGAGGGAGGAAAUGGAUGUAGCUUCAUCCGAGAGAUGCAGGCGGUGCAUCGCAAUCAAGAUUGGCAGCCGGGCCAGCGCUAAUUCGUCCCUGAAGAGUUGCCGAGGGCAACAAAGUUGCGAAGCGAAAUUUUUCGCGGGUGCAAUAAAGGAAAUUAUGCCCCCCCUCCCCCCUUGUGUUGGCCGGCUACCCCAUCUUCCCCUAACAUCAUCGCGAGAGGCUCCAUCAGCUUCACACCACGAAUCUCUCAUCUCGCGCGGUUUCAGAGAUUAAUCUACAGCCGUUAGAAAAUGAUUAAUGAUAUUGAAUUUAGCACUCUCGAGAAAACGUAAUAAAAGUACGAUCUAUCACGGUCAACAAUGCUCACUACCGGAUUUGUAGACCGGAAUUGAGGUCAUGAGUCUCGCGGGAGAGACUCGCGUUCUCGCCGAUCUCGCGAGAAGCCACCCUCUUUCCUUCAUCCCUCGCGCGACAAUC